CUUUUGCAACCCGCUCCCACCCUCCACCGAAUUGCCGGGAAGAGCCUUGCUUUUCUAAGAACAGGAACAGGAUUUGGCUACCGAACUGGCGGGGGAACAGCUGCGCUAUACUCAAGCUGCGGCAAGGCCCACUAGGCUCGCUUAGACGACCGUCUGAUCUUCGAUAGCUUGGCCUAACCCAACCAUCUCGUCCUUCCAACCGCGACGCCCAACACCGACAAGAUGGGUGUCGAAACCAAAAAGAAGUCGUCCGAGCGACCACUACCCGUGCCCAGCGCAACCGAAUCGUCGAUAAUGAGCCCGACCCAGAGCGAGCUGGGAACCGAGGACAAGUCAUCCUACUCGCUGCCUGAGGACGGCACCCCGGUCACCAUCAAGACACACAAUCGAGGCAAAUCGCAGACCUCGCUCUUGAUCGAGUAUUUCGAAGGAGGAAAAGGAGCCCCAUCUGGAGACGGGCGCAAACCCAGCGUACGUGUUCGCCUCACGCCAAGCCACAAGUCCAAUCGCAAAAGCAGCGGUUCCAGUCGAGGUCGCAUUGAAAUAACAGAAGCAAAGUCAACGAGGAGAUCGAGCCAGAGCCGCCGCGCCGAUCGCCAUUCCCAAAGCGCCCUUGCCCGUAGCGAAAAUGAGUUGAUGUCCGUCUUGAGCGGGGGCGACGAAGACAACAAUUCGUACGCCUCUGCCACUGAGGAGAGUAGCGUUAGUCGCAAUAUCGAGAUCGAAAUCGGCGAACGAAGCGAACGUAGCGCCAACCGACGCCCCCGCCGCCCUGCCAGCCCUUUGAUCCCAUCUGCUGAUAGCAAAAAUAGCUACAAUGCCGGCAACACGAGCGACAUCUCGGCCAUCCCGAGCGACAGUUUCCUUGACGAGCCUUACGUAUCCCGCAAGAACUCGGAUGUCAAGAGCCCUGGCUCCAGGAGCGUGAGCCCCUCACGCGGCGGGGAUGCCCUUGCUGGCGCUGGUGCUGGUAUCACAGCUGCUGCAGUUACUGACAAGCUCCGUACCAAGAGCCGAGAUGAGAGCAGGAAUCGAGAGUACGAGCGCGGAGAGCGCGAAAAGGUAUCGGUGACCAAGACGCGCGGCGAUAAAGAGAAGAGCGGCAGUAAUAACCGCCUCCACAAGUCGACCAAGAGCAGGACCAGUAGUCUCAGCAAAGAGGAAAGGAGUUCGAAGCGCUCAGAGUCCCCACGCAGGAGAUCCAAGCAAUCCGAUUCCAUGGUAUCGGGAGCGGAUUCAAGCAUGCUUUCGACUGCAGCUCCCAGCCAACGCUCCGUGGGUGCCGAGUCAAUGCGCUCAGGUCAGUCAAAGGCCUCCUCCAUCAACAAUCCCAAGCUCCUGGAGACAGUAGAGGACGCCAUUCGUCGCCUUAUCCUUCCAGAACUCAAUGCCUUGAAGAGAGAGCAGAGCUUGCGUCAGGAUCGUAAGGCAGCCUCGACGACGUCAAGUGCGACGACGGCUUCUAGGGAUGAAGGCAGUGAUAGGCGCCGGACGUCUAGAGCUGACAGAAAUUCGGGCACCACUCCCACACCCAAGGAGCCCAUCAAGAUUGAGAAGCGAGACAGAGAAGCCCGCAAUGCCUUCGAUGAGAGUCCGGCACAAAGUGCCCUCAGCCAAGACACGAGAAGCGAUGUGCAUGAUAUUGACCACAGCCCCACGGGAAGCGCUGACCGUCUAAAGACUGCUGCUGCCGGUGCGGCUGCUGCCCAUGACAGCGUCAAAUCUCCUGGAGAGAACCGCAGUAGGAGGCGAAGACGUGAGUUGCGGAAUUCUGCUGGCAAUGAGUAUGAGGAUUAUGAUGAUGAUGCCUCCUCCGACUUCCUCGCACCUGCUCCCCCUAUGCCGUUAUUGAGCGACCUCAACCCAUCGGACGUCACCAGAGCCUCUAUCUUAUCUGCCGACACGGAUGGUCCUCACUCGGCUAGCGAGGAGAUUGCACCGAAGCAAGAUCAGAAUGGCCAGUACCACACCGAGGAUUCCACUCCGACACCCACCCGGACCCCGAUUACUCUACUGUCAUUGGGUACUCAGCAUGCCAAUAUUUCCCAUGGAGACCUGAAACAGCUGCCACGUCAACGGGGUGCCGAGAACCAGGGCAACGACUACCACAGUGGCGCACCGUCUGUUGAUUCCUAUGAUGAUCUGGACGAUUACGAUGAUCACGAGCGCGAAUACGGGAAUAGCCCAUACGACUACUACAACACGCAAGAGGUGCCGCCUCCACUCAAGUAUGUUCCUUACCAGCCUGAGAAGCGCGGUCUGAGUCCUAUCCCCAGCGUCUCCGGAUACACUGAAGGCAGUGAGGCGCCGAACCGUGAUUCUCGCGCAUUCGGCGGCUCGGUAUCAAGCGGCUCCCGUACUCCUGAAAACAUGUCCGUAGCCAGCUUGAGGACGGCGGGCAUGGAUCGAAGCAACGUGAGCGGAAUGACCAAUAGCGAGGUUGACGGUAAUGGUCACGCUGUCCGUGCCGUUGGAGCCAACCCGAACUACGUCCACACCUCUGGUGUCGAUUCCAACCAUGCUUCGUUCGUUGAGGGCUCCGUGGUAGAUUCGCUUAGAUUUAGCGGCGUCAAUCAGCAGCCAUACCGCAACUCGAUGGCUACCAAUGGAAGCCAAGAGGCAGACAGGCCAGACACGGCUGGCAAUGAUAGCCAGGCCUCAUACGACUACCAAGAGUAUGACGUCGACGAGUAUGGAAGGAAGGUCCCAAGACAGCGUCAUUACACCACCGCCUCAGAGGCUGCUAUUACCAGCGCUGCGGUUGGUGCCGCUGCCGCCGCCCUCAGACAGCAGGGUAAGCAAGAGAACCAGGGCACUUCGGAAUGGCAAGGGGAGGGCGUUCAGCGCAACCAGUCCUUCAAGGAGCGCGCCCAGAACGGAUCUGGACCCGCACUGCAGCCAAAGCACAGUGUCGACAGGAUGUCGGACGUCUCUGUGCCCAUCAAGUUGGGCUUCAGUGGCUUGCCGGAUAUCAGCAGCCCGUUGCCAGACUUCGAGCACUGGAACGAGGAUGAUCUGCUCACUAACCCAUCGUUGCUCAAUGGAGAGGAAGGUGGUGAAUGGGAGGGAGAUGCUACCCCCAAGCAGCGCCCCCAGUCGUCCGUUGAUGACUUCAACUACCGUCCUCUUGACGGCACUCAUGAUGCUCUGCAAAAGGGUCUCAACCUCAGCGGCAACCAGCAGUCCGGUCAGGAGCAGGAUGAGUGGUACAGGACUGACGAGGAUCGGAAGCGCGAUACUUUGGUCACCAACCCCUACGAGGAUGCCAGCCCCAUUGCCAACCUUGCUGGUCUGGGAGAUAGUCUUCUUUCUCCUGGUGGUCGUGAUAACUACGACAAUGCCACUCGUAGCCCUGUCGGUCAGAAGGUCGAUGAGGGAUAUAUCUCCCAGGGACCUAACAAGACCCCCGAUACUUCGAUGGACAAGGGCAAGGGUCUCGCCUAUGGCACUCCUCUCAACCUUGGUAGUGCUAAGAAUCAGAAUCCCAUGGACUUCUUCGGCUCCGGUUCACGACAAGUUAGUGGCAUGUCGGACGGAAUGGACUCGCAGAUGUAUGAUCCCGCCACUGGAACGGGAAUUGACAAGAUUGAGUCCAAGGAUAUCAUGGCUUUGAUGCAACAUUUGAUGGUCCGCGAUGCUCAGCGCAGUGCUCGCGAUACCGAGAUUUUGGUCACACUCGUUCGCGCCGCCACAGAGAUGCGUAACAACUUUGAAGACCUCAAGCGUCUCCUUGCUGAUACUGAGGAUGUUAUCAUCACCGAAGUCAAGGAGAACACGGAGAAGACAGUCCAGCGCGCCAUCAACGGCCCUCGUCCUUAUCCUGGUAGCGCUCCUCGCUCUCUUCACUCCAACUCGCAGGCAGGCACUACCACUACGAUGGACGAGAUGAGCAACAAGAAGCAGAAGAACAUCUUCCGCCGUGCUCUGAUGAAGGGCCUGGGUCACAAGGGACCUAACGACCUCGGCAGGAUUGAGGAUAUGCUGAUGCAGCUCCUGACUCAGGUCGAUGUGCUCAAGUCCCAGACUGUUCCUGGCGCUGGCUCUGUGCCCAUGAGCCAUCAGGAUGAGCGUUCGUAUGAGAACAUGCAAUCUCAGGGCCAAUACGAGCAGGAUCGUGGUUACGAGCCCGAGGGACAUGCUGGAACUUCCACUAACAGUGCGUCUCAGUCCGGACAGCUGUCCAUUCAGUCUCGGGGAACAUCCGGCCAGCAAAACUUUGGCCGCAAGGUGUCCGGUCACAGGAUAAGUACCGUGCCCGAGGACAACGAGGAUGAGUAUGACAAUGAGAGCAUUCGCUUUGGCGGGCCGGAAGUUUUGAUGACCCCUGCGCAAGAACAGCGUUCUGGUUCGUUGCAAGCGACGCCUCGUGGGUCGCCGCCUACCGCUUCGGGCGCUCUUCAGAUGUCGCCUGGUUACGAGAAUACUCGGUCGCCUGCGUAUGAGAACCCUCAGUCGCCCGCUUAUGAGAAGACCAGGUCCCCUGAUUACCAGCAGCAAUACGAAAGUACCAGGUCGCCAGACUACCAGAAUGCUGCUAAGCAAAACGAGGACCAGAAGAAGAAGGGAAGGUCGAGCUGGUUCAAGUCCCGGUGGUCGGAGAGCACUACAACUACCAACAUUACUCAACUCUUCCGCCGCAGCGGCCAGUCACGCAAGGAGGAGGAAGACGAGCAGCAGUGGAGCCCAAUCAGGCCGGCCGAGCAGCCUACGAUGCCUACGUAUCGCAACAACACGGUUUCGUCUCGCGCGGACUCGGUUGCCACCUCCGACUACUCGGAUAUGUUUCAGUUCUCCAACCCUCAUCCCAAGCCCAAGCCCAACAACAACAACAACCCCUACUCGCAGGGACGUGGGCCAAGCCACGACGUUCACGAGGACCCCGAGUCCCCCGUGCUUGCGUACAACUCGAUGCAGCCACCGCAGCCUAACUGGGUGACGAUGACGCCCGAGGAAGCCAAGUACAAGGCUCAUCGCAACUCGCUCAACCUGGUGCACCCUCAGCCCCGGCAGGGCCAGACGGAGCGCUUCAAGCAAGCGCUCGAGUCUCAGGCGCUCGGCUUCACGGGUGGCAACUCGCCCAUGCUGAGCCCCAAGUCGGAAGACUGGGCCGGAUCCGCCACCAGCCUCAACCGGCUGCCUCGCAACCUGAACCGCGAUAGUUUCGACUCUCAGGGCAACGAGGCCAACCCGAACUGGCAGCAGAUCUACGGCUCUUCAUCGCCGGCUCCGGCGAGCCUCAACGCGACUUCUGGCGGACCUCCCAGGCCGCCUAAGGAGCCCAUUGAUGGCAGCACUGGCAGCGGCCCCAACAGCCCGAGCCAGGCACGCAGGUUGGAGAACAAGAACCUGAGUGGAGCGACGGGCCAGGUAUCGAGACGGCCUAGUGGGCCCCGGCCAAUGACGCCCUCGAAUGAUAGGGAGGGCAGGGGAAGUGGAGGAAAUCUGAGCGAAGGGAGCAGAAGGACUGGAAGCUUGUUGAGGGAUUAGAGCAUGGGAGAUGAUGUGGUGAUGAAUGGUAUGAUGAAAUCUAGACGAUGGAUGUCUAGGUGGAUGUGAUGGAUGCGAAUGAGACAAGAUGGAUGGAUGAAUAGAUUUGUCUGAUGUUGAAAGGAAGGGAAAG